CACACAUGUAGUGUGAACAGCUGAUCCGUACGAUACGGCCGUGCGCGAGCGCAGUGAAAGUGUUUCGUGCCUUAAUAACUCAGCUAUCGGCGGAUUAAAAAGUAAUUAAUAUUAUAAUAAAAUCUUAAAUACACGUAUACAUUUAAUCGUGUGGAAAUUGAACAAUGUUUACACAAUUAAAAUAUAAAAAGUGAUUGUCAAAAUGUCGACCGACGAUGUGAGGAUUAAAGUUGACAGCUCGGAGGGCGGGAAAAAUGACAGUGACAUAUCCAAGAUGGCGGACUUUGACAGGAUACAGAAUGCGUCCAAGGAUCUGCUGGGGCUGCCAAGGAAUGGGCACAGGAGGUCGUUUAUGGAAGAGGAAAGCGCAAAAGAGAGAACCAGAGCUGAAUUAUUGAAGCAAUGCUCUGCCAUUUUGAAGCAGGGCGACCAGAGAUAUAAUAAGGAUAGCCUGCAUAGGACUUUUCAGGAUGAGGACUUUUUGGACAGAAUCUUUCGACUUUUCGACGUGGAUGGGAAUGAUUAUUUGGUGCAGGAGGAUUGGAUAGAAUUCUUGAAGGCAAGAUUAACAGAUGAAAAACAAUUGGAUUUCGUAGAACAAGUGGAGAGCGUGGCGUAUGUGCUGUGUGGUGAUGAGGUGAUCACACCUGAAGCUUUUAAGCUUAUCUUGAAGAAUAAAGUUGUAACAAAGAAGUUCUUACGCGUAGUUGACACGGAUGGUGACGGGUGGGCGACCGCUGAAGAUAUCAUGGAUUUCCUAUCCGCUGUUACUACUAACAGACCUAGAGCAGGCAUAGACAAGCCAAGUGUAGAUAGACUCGAGAAAUUAUUCCGCGACACAGUGGGAGAUGGGAAAGAGAUAACAAGAGAACAAUUCCAGAAGAUUGUUGUUUCUAAGAACCCAUUUUUCACGGAACGCGUGUUCCAAAUAUUCGACGAAGAUAAUUCUGGAACAAUAUCACAACAUGAGUUCAUAGCAGCAGUACAUCGGUUCGGCAGACAGGCGCCGGAGGAGAAGAUUCGAUUCCUGUUCAAAGUUUAUGAUCUGGAUGGCGAUGGUCUUAUCCAACACCGUGAGCUCCUUCACGUAAUGCGCGCUUGUAUGCACGAGAACGGCAUGCGCUUUAGUUCCCAACAGUUGCUCGAACUGACGGCCGCGUUGUUUGAUGACGCGGGGGGGAGUGAGCGGGGGGCUAUUACCUGUGAGGAUUUGAGGGAUCAGCUGAUGAGGCACCCGGGACUGAUUGAUAACCUGUCUAUUAGUAUCGACCGCUGGCUAGUCCCCCCCAGCCCGCCCCCCACCGCUCCACUUUCAACCCGUCUCCUCACACUGUGGCCGCACCAACUCACACUCGCGUACAUCCGCAACAACUUCGCACUGGUCGGCUAUUUGCUCGCGUUCUUCUGUGUCAACUUCGCACUGUUUGUAGCAAGGAUUGUGGAGUAUUGGGAUAGUAAUGUGUUCGUUAUUUUCGCGAGGGCGUGUGGCCAAUGCCUAAACUUCACGUGCAGCUGGCUCCUAGUCCUAAUGCUCCGCCGUUCCCUCACCGCACUUCGUUCCCGCGGUUUCGCGGCGUUCCUACCGAUAGACCACCACGUGUACUUGCACAAGCUCACCGGCGUCGUGGUCGUGGGGUACAGUGUGCUGCACACUGCCAUGCACCUGUGUAACUUUGGCCUAAUAGUAGUAAACGACCCGCACCUAAACGCCCAUAACUACACAACAUGGGAGUGGCUCGGUUCCACAAAGCCGGGUUUAUUCGGUCUAGUGCCGGGUGCAGCAAACCCGACGGGAUUGGCGCUGUGUGUUAUAUUGCUCGUGCUGGCCACGUGUAGUAGAGCUGCUGUGAGACGGGGCGGGUGUUUCGAGAUCUUCUACUUCACGCACUUGCUGUACAUCCCGUUCUGGACCUUACUCAUCAUACACGCGCCCAACUACUGGAAGUGGUUCAUCGCUCCUGGCACUAUAUAUGUUAUUGAGAGGAUAUUGAGACUGAGUUGGACGAUGUCAGAGCGUGGCAAGACGUACAUAGCGUCCGGCGUGUUGCUCCCGUCCCGCGUGACGCAGCUGGUGGUGCGCCGCCCGCCGCUGUUCCAGUUCCGCGCGGGCGACUACGUGUUCGUGUGCGUGCCGGCCGUCGCGCGCUACGAGUGGCACCCCUUCACCGUCAGCAGCGCGCCCGAGCAGGACGAUUACAUCUGGCUACACAUCCGCGGUGUUGGCGAGUGGACCAACCGUCUCUACUCAUACUUCGAGCAGGAACAGAUGCGCUUACAGGGACACACAAAAUGCCGAACCAACUCCACACAGAGCGGCAAAAGCAAUCGCAAAGGUUCGAACGAUGUUCGUGAUGUUUCUCCAUUGGCGUUUGAUAAUGAUGCAUUCUGUUGUGACGAUGGUAACGGGUUCAAAGCAUUAUCUCCGAUGCAAAACCCACGUCCAAGCUUUUUGUCGCCUUUGAAGGUGAUAGAGAAAUCUAACUCGAUGCCCGAUGUCUUCAAUAAUGUUCAGAAUAAACUGAAAACUAAUACUCCCCCGGUAUACCACCGCUCGGAGUCCGCGCAGUGCAUGUCGCGCGGCGGCGCGGCGCACAGCGUGCGGCACAUGAGACUCAAACCCGCGGUCAUUGAGUGUGCACCGCCUGUGAGACGCGGCUCGGGGGAUAGCUUGUUGGCACUAGCUCGUCGUCGCUUCUCCAAAAGUCGUUCACCGGAAAGAGACGUGGAAAAUGAAAUGCGCGUUCAUGCUGAAGAAAGUCCUUCUGAAGCUGGCAGUAGCGAAUAUCCAGUGGGAAAACCACUUGAGAUCUAUCUGGACGGUCCAUACGGCGCGGCAUCCUCGAACAUAAUGCACGCGCAGCACGCGGUGCUCAUCGCCGCCGGUAUCGGGGUCACGCCCUUCGCCUCGCUGCUGCAGAGCGUGCUGCUGAGACACGCUAGAGCUAGAGCUGCUUGUCCAAGGUGUGGCCAUACUUGGCCUGAUCCCGCUAGACAUGGCAUGAGUUUGAAGAAGGUGGACUUUUUCUGGAUAAACCGCGAGCAGCGUUCCUUCGAGUGGUUCGUGUCCUUACUCUCGCAGCUGGAGAUCGACCAAGCGGCCGCGGGCGGCGAGCGCUUCCUGGAGAUGCACAUGUACAUCACCAGCGCGCUGCAGCGGGCCGACAUGCGCGCGCUCGGCCUGCAGCUCGCGCUCGACCUGCUGCACGAGAAGGGCAAACGUGACCUAAUAACCGGUCUAAAAACCCGCACGAACGCGGGUCGACCCAACUGGGACAAAGUGUUCCAACGUCUCGCGUCUCAACACUGCGGCAAAGUGUCCGUGUUCUAUUGUGGGCCGCCAUUACUGGCGAGGGUUUUGAGGGCUAAAUGUGAUCAGUUUGGCUUUCAUUUUAGGAAGGAAGUGUUCUAAAAGAGCGAAAGUUAAAAGAAGAUUGGAAAAAUAACGUUAAUAUGGCGACUACAUCAUUUCUUGGCUACACGUAAAUAGCGACCAGUUGGUUUUUUACUGCAGAGAGUGUUGUUUCAGAAGAGACAUUGUUAAAAGAAGACACAAAAAAUAAUUUUAACACCUCUACUAGUCUCAUUUCAGAAAAGUUACCAGCAGACCAUAUUUUAGGCCAUGUUUUUUUUCUCUUUUUGCUUAGGUAUAUCAAAAUUCAAAGUAGGUAAUUGUACUCAAAAAUGUAGCUCCUUGGUAGCUCCCGAAACAAAUCACUUCUUCUAGUUAUAAUUAGUACAAGUGACGCCAUCUAGUUUUAAGAUUUAUGUUGUAUACCUAAUUUAUUAUUAGUUGUAAAUUGUAAUUACAAGGUAUAACGUAGUGUUAUUUGUUGUACUAAAUUCUAUUCUUCAUGUUACACAAUAAAUUGCUUACAUUUUAAAAAAUUAUUAUUAGCUUGAUAAACUUAAUUUUUUCUAACAAUGUCAUCCAUAAACCAAACUAAGCAAAGGAAAAACAAAGUCAAACUGUUUUCGCUGUCAUAAUUAUUAGUGAUAUUGCCAGUUAUAAUUUUAUGUGAUCUUUACAAAAUUUAAUCUGUGGUAUGAGGAAAGCUGGGAUUAACUUGUAUCAUUAAUUAUUUUCCACACCUUUUUAUGUGUAAAGGACCAAUUCUUAACAAGCAUGCUUGAAUACUAAAAAUAAUUUUAAAUAUUGACAUAAAAUAAUAUCUAUUAGUAAAGUCUACCUAGUUUAUUUGCAAAUCAAAUUAAUUUUAAGGAUCACGGAUGUAUUGUUAGUAUUUUUAUUAUUCGUGUUUUUUUAAGUUGUAUAGCUUGUUUAUCUUGUGUUAGCUUUAUUUCCAUAAUUUAUAAUUUUUUUU